CCAACCCUCGGAGCGAUAGAGAAAGUCAACCCCCCACCCUUUGCCUACGCCCCCGAAAUCUCCGUUCCCGCGCGCAAGCCCGACCAGAACCUGAUCAAGUGGCUCUGGAGCGCCGGCCGCGCAUACCUGGCUUUUUACAAAAAAGGCAUCUCGCACGUGCGCCAGACGGCCAAACUGGCAAAGUCGCUGCGCAAAAAAGCGUCUGCCCACAGGCCCAAAAAGGCAGCGACUGAUGUCUUGACCAGAGCAGAAUGGCAAGUCGUACGGCGCAGCAGGCGCGACGUCCUGCGCCUCCCCGUCUUUGGCGUCUUGAUGCUCCUGCUGGGCGAGUGGCUGCCCGUGGUGGUGGUGUACCUCACGCCCGUUAUACCAGAGGUGUGUCGUAUACCGCAGCAAGUCGAGCGGACGCUGCGGAAGCGCGAGGAUAAGCGCCAGGAUCGCCUUCGUAGGAUUAGUCUGGCAUCUAUGCGCUUGUUGGCCAAGGAUCGGCCUGCUACUAUUCCCACUACUACUACUACUACUACAUUGUCUGAAGCAAUUCCCAAGGGAAACAAGUGGAGCGAUAUGAGCCUUUUUGAACUCUGUGUCUUGGCUGCCAAGCUGGAUGUGUAUCCGCUGGUCUUUGAUUGGGUUCCGCUUGCGCCGCCGAAAUGGUGGGUGCAGCGCAGUGUGAGGCGCAAAUUGGACUACCUGGACACGGAUUAUAGGCUCAUUGAGAGAGAUGGUGGGCUUGGCGCGUUGAAUGCUGCCGAGGUGAAGCGCGCGUGUGUCGAGAGGGGGAUUGCCGUCUUGGGCAAGAAGGACGACGAGCUUAGGAGGGCGUUGGCCCGGGUUUGGGCGGCAGAG